AAGAUUAAACAUUUAAUUUAUUGUGAAGAUGAUGAUUGCGAAGAUACAUCAUUCAAAAAGAAAGAGAAAAAGAAAGUAAAGAUAAAGUUAGAGAGAUGAAUGAAUUUGUCUCCCAUAGACUUGUUGCUAAUGUGGUUACUUUGAAUUCUGGUUUAGUUGUUGAAUUUUUUUCUCUGCCAUUUGUUUACUUCUUUUGUUUUCUUGUGUUUUUUUUAUUCUCAAUCAAUUAUGGUUGUGUUUAGAUCCACCAGAUUAGUCAAUUAUCACCGCCGAAGAUUAAAUCAGUUGAUUGACUGUCGCAAAUUGUGCUCCUUAAGGAGUGAACCAAGUCAACCGCUUCCCGGACGAAAGCCUAAAUAUGUUAGUGCCAAAGAAGCUCUUUCCGUCUUACAAUCAGGUGAUUUGGUUUCCAUGCAAGCGGUUGCUGGUGCACCGAAAGCCUUAGCCAAGGGAAUGCUGGAAGUUGGAAUUGCCAACAAUUUAACCGAUGUUAAGGUUUUCCAUUUGAUGUCACUUACCAUUCCCGAUUACAUGAAACCAGAAUAUUCUAAAAUUUUCCGAGUAAGAGCUUCAUUCACCUCUGGCCUGGAUCGAGAAGCGAUCAAUUCAGGUCGAGCUGAUUAUAUUCCAAUGUUUCUUUCGGAAACGGGACUACUUUUCAGACGAAAUAUAUUAAAACCUAAAGUGACCAUGUUACAAGUGACCCCAGUUGAUGAACAUGGUUUCCAUUCAAUGGGACCUUCGGUCACAUCAAUUCGUGAUUCAAUUAAAGUGUCAGAAUAUGUUAUCGGUGAAGUGAAUCCGAGAUUACCAAGGACCGUUGGAGAUUCAACAAUUCAUGAGUCACAAUUUGAUUAUUUGGUUGAGAAUGAGACUGAAUUAGAUGCUCUUAAUCCUAAACCAAUGAGCGAUGUUGAAAAACAAAUUGGUAAACACAUCGCCGACAAUUUAAUUGAAGACGGGGCCACUCUUCAAAUGGGUAUUGGAGGUAUUCCCGAUGCCGUUUUAGCGCAAUGUAAAAAUCACAAAGAUCUUGGUAUUCAUACGGAAAUGUUUUCCGAUGGAGUAAUUGACCUAAUUGAAAACGGUAACAUUACAAAUCGACUGAAAAACACCGAGAAAGGUUUUCUAACGGCUACAUUUAUUAUCGGUUCAACUCGAUUCUAUGAUUAUUUUCAUAAUAAUCCUUAUCUAAUCAUGAAAACGUGUGAUUACACUAACGAUCAACAUGUAAUUGGAUCUAAUCCUAAAGUGACCGCGAUCAAUUCAUGUAUAGAGAUUGAUAUUACUGGACAAGCGGCUUCUGAUACCGUUGGAACUAAAAUUUAUUCUGGUUUUGGUGGUCAAGUUGAUUUCCUAAGAGGAGCUGCUCUUUCAUUUGAUGGUAAAGGUAAACCAAUUUUGGCUCUUCCAUCAACCACCAAUAAAGGUGAAUCUAAAAUUGUACCUUACCUUAAACACGGAGCUGGAGUGACCUCAACUCGAGCUCAUGUUCAUUAUGUUGUCACCGAAUAUGGAAUCGCCAGUUUAUUUGGACUAUCUAAUCGUCAACGGGCUCAUCAAUUAAUUUCAAUCGCUCAUCCUGAUCAUCGUGAAAGUCUUGAAAAAGCUGCAUUCGAAAGACUCAAGUGUAUGCCCUCAAAGGAUUAAACAAUUAAAUGAUUUUGGAUUUAAUUUACUAAUCAUUUACAUUAAAAGCCAAAUUAUAUUAACAAUAUUAACUUAAGUGCAAUUAAAGCCAAUCAAUUUCAUGUUAAUCUUAAUCUUGU